UUGCCCAAUGUGGGAUUUCUGCUCCGGGUUCGCGGCGGCACCGGAACGUGACGGUGAUUUCACCGCUGCCCUUGCGCAACGGGAGCAGCGCGGGGCACGAGUGAGCGGAGCGGCCCAUCCUCGGAGACGGGAGCUCGGUUUCCCUAUGGGCGCCGAGGGGGUGGGGGCGGGGGGUGAGCUUUACCCGGGGAACACGUCGGGGUUCCCAUCCGCCAUCACCCCGCCUCCCUUAGGCUGGGAUCCCGAGGACCCCGUGGCCUCCGCUGUUUGCGGGGCCGGGUUCCGCUCCAUCCCCCGCAGCUCGGAGCGCGGCCCGUGGGGUGCAGCUUUCCCCGCUCCCCUACGCGCAGGGCUGGGACGCGCCGGGAGAAGGAAGUGGCGGCGGCCGCGGGGAGGAGGAAGGCAGCCCGAGCUGGAGUUUCCAGGUGUGUGUACAUCACCUGCGCUAACCCUAUAUAAAGGCGGGGACGGCGGCAGCGCUGCCACUCGGGGCCGAGGCCGGUUCCAGCUCGGAGCGCCCCGACACCGUCCUGCGGCCCAUGGGCUGGCUGGGAGCGCUGGCGCUGCUGAGCGCCGCGGUGCUGUGCCGCUGCCUGCGCCGUCCCGUCGUCCCCACGCACCACCACCACCACCACCACCCCCACGUGCGCUGCUACGGCGCGGCAGAGCUGCGGGACGGCGAGGCCCCCGCGCACCUCCUGGGCCGCAGCCUGCGCUGGGAGCAGCACGUGCCGGUGCAGCUGGUGCCGCAGCUGGAGGCCGCCCAACGGCGUCGGCGUCGCAGGGAGCACUCCUGCCCCACGCUGCAGCUCCGCGCAGGGCUGCACAGCGAGCCCCACGAGAGAUCCAUCUCCCCGUGGCGGUACCAGUGA